GCAACUAUGGCUGGUACUAAGCUUGUUGCUCUCUCCUUUAUAGUGUUGCUAGGCAUUAGCCUCUCUGAGGCAAGCCGAUUCUUGACAUCGGCUAGUGGCGGAGGCGGCGGUGGUGGCGAAGGUGGGGGUGGGGGUGGGGGUGGUGGCUCUGGGAAUGGCUCCGGAUCUGGCUAUGGUUCCGGGUCUGGCUAUGGUGAAGGAGGUGGAUCAGGGUCCAGUGGUGGAGGCUAUGGACGUGGCGGCGGCGGCGGUGGCGGUGGCGGUGGUGGAGAAGGUGGAGGAAGCGGUUCUGGGUAUGGGUCAGGGAGCGGAUCGGGCUCUGGAUAUGGGUCUGGUUCAGGAGCCUACGGUGGAGGAUAUGGAAGCGGCGGAGGUGGUGGAGGUGGGGGUGGAUCCGGUGGUGGGAGUGGAAGUGGCGGAAGUGGGUCGGGAUAUGGGUCCGGCAGUGGUUCCGGGUACGGUGAGGGCGGUGGUGCCCAUGGUGGUGGAUAUGGAAGUGGCAGCGGCGGCGGCGGGGGCGGCGGUGAAGGCUCUGGCUCCGGGUCAGGCUAUGGAUCGGGCUAUGGAUCCGGGUAUGGGAGUGGUGGGGGGCACGGUCGCCGUUAAAUCCUAGUCCUCUACUUGCAUGAAGCCCUGCUUGUUCUCCACCUAUUCUAUCUCUACAUCUCUUAUUCUCCCUGUUUUGCUGCUGUGCGUUUUUUUAUAUUCUUUUUUUGUGAAAAAGUACUGCUUGUAAUAAAUAUAAUAAAUAAUGUAAGGGCUCCUGGUUCUGAAUAAA